AACAAUCUGGCAUCCUCUAAACAGAGAGCGACUUGUCGGCAAAAAAAAAAAUCAUAAUUUUUUAUAUUUUCCGCUUGUUUAAACGUUUACUAAACAUAAAAUUACUUAAAAAUAAAUAAAAUUUAUUAAAAAUCAACGGCAAAAAUGUCGGAAAGUGAUAGUGAAAGUAAUUCUAGUGGCAGUGAUUCCUCGUCAGCCGCUAGCCAUCAACAACAGUCUAGUGCUGACGAAAGCCACGAUGGAAAAAGUGUGGUAGAGAAGAAAAAAUCAAAAUCCAAAAGCAAAUCGAAAAAGGACUCCAAAAAAACUAAACAACAUAUAGAAGAUAAAGAAGACGACUCAAGGAAACCAAAUAUUGGAGACGACGAAAAGAAAAAAGAUGAAAAAUCGGUCAAUAAAAAGGAUAAAAAGCAUAAGAAAAAAGAAAAGCAUUCAAGCUCUGAGAACUCAUCGUCGUCCUCUUCAGAUUCUUCCUCUUCUUCCGAAGACAGCAGCAGCAAUAGUGAAGGUGAGAUUUCUACCACGGAAUCAUCAUUUAGUGAUAGUGAAGAGGAAGCUAAACAAAAAAAGAAAUUAAAAAAAGCGAAAGCAGAAAAAAAGGUAGCAGAUAAAGAAAGUAUAUGCCAGGAAGAUGAUAAAAAGGAUAAAGUAGUUACAGCAGCAAAAAGUCCUAAGGAAACUUCCCCAGAACACAAUAACGAAAAGGCGGAAGCUAACAAGAAAGCCUUAGAGGAAAAACACCAUAAUGAUGAAACUAAGAAAACAACUAAAGAACCAGAGGAAGGUGAAAUACCCGAAGCGGAGGCAGAAGACAAUAACCAAAAGAAAAGUUCAUCCUCGGCUGAAGAUCAAGAUUCUAAUGGCUCUAAAAAACUACAAAGCAUAGUAGGCAAAUCGUAUCAAGAAAACCGUGAAUCUAAAUCACAUUCAAGAUCACGCUCAAAAUCUAUGGAUAAUAAAAAAGAACGCAGUAGAUCACCACAGAACAGCCGCAACAAAAGAUCACCCAGCAGAAGUCGAUCUCGCGAACUGCAACGUAAAAGACAUUCUAGAUCAAGAUCAGCAACAAGAUCACGUUCCCGGUCAGUUUCCCGGGAAAGAAAACGUUCCGAUAGACGUCACGAACGUAGACGUUCCUCUACGGCUGAAUAUGAAAAACGCAUUUCACGGCGUUCCGAGUCUUUAGAAAGAAGACGUGAAGAACGCAAAAAACGUCAUGCCGAAAGAGACGAACAAGAGAAGGCUAAACGUUCGAGAAGAGAAGAAGAAAAUGCCGAAAGACGUGAAAAAGAACUUAAUAAACCCGAUGGAGAUCCGGAUAAAGUUAAAGAACUGGAUAAUACCACUGUAACCGAUCCUAAAGCCAAGAUUACCGAACGUCAGCGUAAGACGGUAGAUCUGUUGACCUCACGUACUGGUGGUGCCUAUAUACCACCGGCUAAAUUGCGUCUCAUGCAAGCGGAAAUUACGGACAAAGCCUCGGCUGCUUAUCAACGUAUUGCAUGGGAAGCCCUUAAGAAAUCCAUACAUGGUUACAUUAACAAAGUCAAUGUGGAUAACAUAGCCAUUAUAACACGGGAAUUAUUGAAAGAAAAUAUAGUACGUGGUCGUGGUCUACUCUGUCGUUCCAUUAUACAGGCACAAGCCGCUUCACCCACUUUUACCCAUGUCUAUGCAGCUUUAGUCUCGAUUAUUAACUCAAAAUUCCCCAAUAUUGGUGAAUUAUUGCUAAAACGUUUGGUUAUACAAUUUAAAAGAGCCUUCAGACGCAACGACAAGGCCGUCUGUUUAUCCUCCUCACGUUUCAUAGCUCAUUUGGUUAAUCAGCGUGUGGCGCAUGAAAUUCUGGCUUUGGAAAUUUUAACACUUUUAGUGGAAUCGCCCACCGAUGAUUCCGUCGAAGUGGCCAUAGCUUUUCUCAAAGAGUGUGGCAUGAAGUUAACUGAGGUCUCGUCCAAGGGUAUAGGAGCCAUAUUUGAAAUGUUGAAAAAUAUCCUACACGAAGGUAAACUCGAUAAACGUGUACAAUAUAUGAUAGAGGUGGUAUUCCAGGUGCGUAAGGAUGGUUUUAAGGAUCAUCAAUCGGUUAUAGAGUCAUUGGAGUUGGUCGAGGAAGAUGAUCAAUUUACACAUUUGCUUAUGUUGGAUGAUGCCACAAAUACGGAGGAUAUGUUGAAUGCUUUUAAAUUCGAUGAAGAAUAUGCUGUCAACGAGGAGAAAUACAAAGGGCUGAGUAAAGAAAUAUUAGGUAGCGAUGCUUCAGAUUCUGAUGGUUCUUCUUCCGGUUCCGGCAGUGGAUCCGAUUCUGAUUCAUCCGAUUCCGAUGAUGAUGAAAAGGGUGAAGGUAAACCGACGGCAGAGGAAAUUAUCGAUAAUACCGAGACAAAUCUAAUCGCACUAAGACGCACCAUAUACUUGACCAUCAAUUCGAGUUUGGACUAUGAAGAAUGUGCCCAUAAACUAAUGAAAAUGCAACUGAAACCGGGUCAAGAAAUUGAACUUUGUCACAUGUUCUUGGAUUGUUGUGCCGAACAGAGAACCUAUGAGAAAUUCUAUGGUCUGUUGGCGCAACGUUUCUGUUCGAUUAACAAAAUCUAUAUAGAACCAUUUGAGGAGAUUUUCAAGGAUACUUAUCAAACUACCCAUCGUUUGGAUACAAAUCGUUUGCGUAAUGUUAGCAAGUUUUUUGCUCAUUUAUUGUUUACGGAUGCCAUUAGUUGGGAUGUAUUGGAGUGUAUUAAGCUGAAUGAAGAUGAUACUACUUCAUCGAGUCGUAUUUUUAUUAAGAUACUAUUCCAAGAAUUGGCCGAAUACAUGGGUCUGGGAAAUUUGAAUAAGAAACUAAAAGAUGAGGUUUUGGUGGAAAGUUUAGCUGGUCUCUUUCCCAAAGACAACCCUAGAAAUACUAGAUUUUCUAUUAACUUUUUUACUUCCAUUGGUUUGGGUGGUCUAACGGAUGAGUUGAGACAUUUCUUGAAAAAUGCUCCCAAAUCGGUGCCAGCUAUAAAUGCCGAAAUUUUAGCUAACAAACCUAUUAAUGCGGAGAGUUCAUCCUCAUCCUCGUCAACAUCUUCCUCCUCCUCAUCAUCAUCUUCCUCUAGUUCGAGCGAAUCUUCCUCCGAGUCGUCAUCAUCAGAUUCUGAUAGUGAAUCCUCCUCGGACUCUGAAGCAGACAAAAAGAAACGCAAAGGGAAAAAACUUAAAAAAUCGAAGAAAUCUUCUGCUACAAAAAAGAAGGAAAAAGAAAAGUCCAAGAAAAAGAAAACUAAAUCUAAGAAAACUGAUAAAAAACGUAAAAAGUCAAAAAAACAAGAAAGCUCCUCUUCAGAGGCUGAAUCAUCUUCUAGUAAUGAAAGCAGCGAUAGUGAGGCAAGCAGUAGUGAAGAUGAAAAACAUAAAUCAAAGAAGAAGAAUAAAGAUAAAUCUAAACACAAAACGAAACCAAAUAAGAAGUCUAAAAAGAAAUCCAAACAAACAGAUAGUGACAAUGACGACAAUUCCUCAGAACAGGAGAGGGAAGAAGUUAAGGAGAGAAAAAAACCUCAAAACUCAGAAAAUGGAUUCGAAAAUACAAAGCAAAGAAGGGAACAAGAACAUAAUGAAAAUAGAAGAGAUAAAAACGAUUACAAAAACGAACGUUCAAAAAGAGCGGAGCCGCAGCGAAGAGACAGCGAGGUGGAAAGACGCCGUGAAGAACGUGAAAAGCGCCACCGUGAAAAGGAACAGACACGUGAACGAGAUAGAAAACGUUCACGUUCAGUUUCACAAACACGCGAACGUCGCGAUGAUCGUGCACCAAAAGAAAACAGAGAGCGUAGAAAUCGUGACUACGAACGUGAACGGGAACGUGACACUGAUCGUCGUAGAGAACGCAAACGUUAUGAGGAACGUAAAAGUCGCAGUCGUAGCCGUAGUCGAGAACGCAACAGUUACAUCAAAAGAGACCAACGAGAAUAUGAUCGUUCAAAAACACGCAAUACAUCCAAGGAACGUGGAUGAUAUUUCCUAAAGAAUAAUUGAAUGACUAAAGGAUUUAUUAAGCAAAACGAUAAACGUUUAACCUGUAAAAAACUUCAAACAUUUUACUAUUUUUGUGUAUUGUAUUUAAAUAUUUCUAUGAAUAAUAUUGACUGCAAUAAA